GCGGUCGGCCGGGCGCCGCUGCAGGCUGGCCCCCUGCGGCUGCCUGCGGGGCGGCGGCGGCGGCGGCGGCGGGCGGGCUGCCGGGAUGAUCCGGUUCCGGAGCUCCAGCAUCAGGUCGCUGAGCCCGGAGAUGAAAUGCACCGUGCGGCUGCUGGACGACUCCGAGAUCUCCUGUCACAUCCAGAGGGAAACUAAAGGUCAGUUCCUUAUAGAUCACAUCUGCAACUAUUACAGCUUGCUGGAAAAAGACUAUUUUGGCGUUCGAUAUGUUGACCCUGAGAAGCAGAGGCACUGGCUUGAGCCCAACAAGUCCAUCUUCAAGCAAAUGAAAUCUCACCCACCAUAUACCAUGUGCUUUAGAGUGAAAUUCUACCCACAUGAACCCUUGAAGAUUAAAGAAGAGCUCACCAGAUACCUCUUAUAUCUACAAAUAAAAAGGGACAUUUUCCAUGGCCGUUUGCUGUGUUCUUUUUCUGAUGCUGCCUACCUGGGUGCCUGUAUUGUCCAAGCUGAGCUUGGUGAUUAUGAUCCUGAUGAGCACCCAGAGAAUUACAUCAGUGACUUCAAGAUUUUUCCCAAGCAGUCACAAAAGCUAGAGAAGAAAAUAGCUGAAAUGCAUAAAAAUGAAUUCAGAGGCCAGAGCCCAGCUGUUGCUGAAUUUAACUUGCUCCUGAAAGCAUAUUCUUUGGAAACUUAUGGUGUUGAUCCUCAUCCUUGCAAGGACUCAACGGGGAUGACUACAUUUUUAGGAUUCACAGCUGCAGGAUUUGUAGUUUUCCAGGGGAAUAAAAGAAUUCAUUUGUUAAAAUGGUGUGAUGUCUAUAAACUGAAAUUUGAAGGGAAGACCUUUUAUGUGUUUGGAUCUCAGAAAGAGAAAAAGGCUGUGCUGUCAUUCCAUACCUCUACACCAGCAGCCUGCAAGCAUCUUUGGAAAUGUGGGGUGGAGAACCAGGCUUUUUACAAGUAUGCAAAAUCCAGUCAGAUCAAGACCAUGUCCAGCAGCAAGAUAUUUUUUAAAGGCAGUAGAUUUCGAUAUAGUGGAAAAGUAGCCAAAGAGGUUGUGGAAGCAAGCUCUAAAAUCCAGAGGGAACCUCCUGAAGUUCACAGAACCAGCAUUACCCAGAGUCGCAGCUCUCCCUCAUUGAACAAGCAACUCAUAAUCAACAUGGAACCUCUGCAACCCCUCCUUCCUUCUCCCUGUGAGGAGGAAGAGGUUCCUUUAGAUGAAGGUAUUCAGCUGCCAAAGGAAGAUGAGAUUUCAGUACCUGUGACUUCAAGCUCCCCAGUUAAGGACAUCGGGGAGAAUGUUGAUCUUGCCAUUGAACAGGAAGAGAAGAUGAAAGAGGAACCUUUAACCAUCUCAGAACUGGUGUACAAUCCUAGUGCCAGCUUGCUGCCCACCCCUGUUGAUGAUGAGAUUGAUAUGCUCUUUGAUACCUGUCCAAGAGUAGAGAAUGAGAAAGAUGACACAGAUUCAUUUGAGGAACUGGAAGCAGAUGAAAAUGCAUUUUUGAUUGCAGAGGAAGAAGAACUGAAAGAAGCUCGGAGGGCGCUUAGGUGGAGCUAUGACUUUCUAAUGGGUAACAUGGAGGUGAAUGCCUUUGUGAAGAGUUUCUCCAGACUUCUUCUUGUAGGCCUUGGACUGUUGUUGUUUGUGUUCCCUCUUCUCCUUGUUCUCUUGGAGUCGGACCUUCAAAUCUCUUUUCUCCAUGAAAUCCGUCAGACACCGGAAUUUCAGCAGUUUCAUAUUGAAUAUUACUGCCCCCUUAGACAGUGGGUGGCUUGCAAAAUAAACUUCAUUCGUGACAUGCUGGGCAGCUUUUAAAUUUUAAAUAAAUAUGAUACAACUAAGGGCUAUAUUCAAAAUUUCAGUUAGUGCCAGCUUUCCAUAAUGCCCAUGGGGCCAUCAGUCAGCAUCUGUCUUCAUAUCCAGUUCAUUACAGACACUUCAGGUUCUCAAGUUCCCUUUACAUACUUAAAUUGCCCCUUUAUUUACGGGCUUAUACAGUCACCUUUCAGUAACCAAAAACAAGCUUUAUGUAAAUUGCAUUUCAGACUUCCUGCUCAUCUAUUACAUUCUAUAAGAUGGGGUCACAAUAAGUUUAAUUGUCCUUAACCUUUCAAUCCAUGACACUAAACCCAAUGAAACUGAAAGAAAAACCUUUUUGAAUAUACUCCUUAGUGCAGCAAUCUCUUCUAACCAAUGCCUAUACAAGCAAUGUUUAUGCUGGGUUUUUGGUUUUGGUUUGUUUUUCUGUUUGUUUGGUUUUUUACAUUUUUAUGUGUUUAAAAUAUUUUGGUAAAUUUUUAGCAAAAGACAACUUCCGAUGUUAUUUAAAUGUACAAAUUGGUAAGAAUAAUGCACAAGGGCAUGUAGGGUGUUUUUAGGGUUUUAGCCAUGAUUUGUUUUUAAACUACUGGCUGGAGAAUGAAUGAGUUUAAUAUAGCUCUAUACAGAGGGACUGUGGUUUGGGAAAUAUAUAGAAAGUUCACUCAAGUUCAGUAGGGGCUGCGUGGGGGAGGUGAAAGGACACCAAGUACACAGAAGAAUUUCUGAAAGGCACAGUUGUAAAGCUUGGGGAAGUGAGCAGAACUGAAAGUAAUGAUCCUUCCUCUUACCUGUCAGGUUGUCUUACACUUUAUCAGUGCCGUAGAAAGUCUCUACAAGAUCGUCCAAGUAUGUUUUGGAAGAGAGUGAGUCUUCAGUCUAAAUGUAGAUUAUUGUACAUAAGAUGGAAGAAGAUAAUAGUAAGUAGCAAAAAAAUAAAAAAGAAAAAAGAAAAAAAAAAGCCAAAACCCUAGCUAAAUCGGUAGGUGAGUGACCUACUUUAAAAAUUAUAGAGCAGAAUUUAUUCCUUUUUAAACGCAAAGCAUUAGGCUGCACAGUUGACAUGAAAGUAUUCUACUGACUCACAGUUAAAGGCUUAAACACUUCAAGAGACGCAUCUUCAUCCUUGAUGCUCAUUGUUAGUAAUCUCUAAGACAGCGUAUUUUCUGUGCAUACUAAUAUGCUUCCUUUUACAUAUAGCAGCAUACUUACCCUCUUUCCCUGUUAUUACGAGCCCAGUUACAUGAUCUAAUGCUGUUUCAUGUAACUUGGAUUUGUAUAUCUAAAGAUAUUCCAAUGUAGCUUAGAGCAUAUACUUAAGUAAAAUCUUGUCAAUGCUGAGAACAUUUGAAGGCCCUCAAAUGUUACCACAGAGGUUGUAUUUAAGAGGAGAAAGUUUCUGUUCUUUCCCCUGCCCCAAUCUUAGUGCAGAUGUAUUUCAUAUUUAAACUAGGGAACUCUAAUUUUGGCCUCAGAGUCUUCUCCUGCUUAGAGAUUUAUGAAUCGGAGACAUAUUUGAGGCUGUUUUAUUAGAUGUGCAUUUAACGCGUUGUAACCACAUCUCUAAUUCCUACUGAAUAAAUUCCUUUAGUUUCGAUAUCAGCGAAUCAGUUCUGCUUGGUUUUCUCAUGUAAGCCUUUGCAAAUGUCUAGUUUGAAAAUGGCAAUUUCCUUAGAGGAUUUCUCCUUCCCUUCUAAUCUUCUCCAGUUUUUAAAGGACAAAUGUUACAGGGUUUAGGAGUUCCUUUUCUCAGUUGAAAACUUUUGGAUUGCUAUUCAUUUCCCAACCAACAAAGGCUAAUUUAAUCAACGGCCUUUUUUCUCUUGUCUUUGUUUGUCCUUGCUGAUCUGUUCCCCAGAAGAAUCAUUACUGAUUAGUUACUUGAUGUGUAUUUCUUCUUGUGCUACUUGCAACUAAAUGAUCCUUUCCCAUGAGGUCAUAACCAUUCAGCCUAACAGAAGUGGAGAGUGGACAAAAGUAGACAUUUGGCCUUAAUGGGAGAUUACUCACUUGUAUUGUUUCUAAAGAAAGGUGUUGGAAAAGGUGUUUGGAGUGGUGAAGGCUGUGAGAGCUGGCAUCCUGCUGGACUAUGGAGUCAUGGUUCCACACAGACUCCUUUGUAAGUCUGAUAAUUAUUUAAAAAAAAAAAAAAAAAAAAGA